AUGAAGAUCAUGUUGCUCUUGUUUUCCCUAGCAUUCCUUUUUAGCUUCACAACUUCCACAAAUGAUGCUCCAAACCAGCUAUCGAGUGUUGUACGCGAUACAGAUGGUCGUCCCCUCAAGAGCAAUACUAGGUACUACAUUCAUUCAGCUUGUUGGGGAGAAGCCGGCGGAGGUCUACUGCUUGCUGAUCUUGGACAUCAAACACAAGACCGUUGUCCCGCAUCGGUGGUGCAAUCCUUUACUGACACCUACAAUGGUCUUGAUGCCUACGUCAAGCCUAAAGAUCCCAAACAAGACAAGAUUCAGGAAUCCUCCCCGGUAAACAUCAAGUUCAAUCCUUUUGAUUCUUCAUGUGCUGACUGGACUGUGUUGAAGGUCGACAGCUACCCUGAACCCGCGGAUAAGUACACCAUAAGCACAGGUGCAAAGUUGGGAAAUCCCCUUGACGAGAACAGCUGGUUUCAGAUUAAGUCUCUUGGUGGCUCGGCCUACAAGCUAGUCUUCUGUCCCCAUGACGAGGAGAAUUGCAAGGAUGUUGGCCUCGUCGAUCAACGUGGAUAUAGGCGUUUGGCUCUUACAGAGGAUGCCUGGCCCUUUGUGUUCAUAAAGGAGGCCAGUAAAUAUGGAAAGGCCCUUUCCGACGAAUAA